AACUCGAAGGAACAGGGGCUUCAUGAGCAGGAUUUCAAAAUGCUAGCUAGUAGAUCAGUGUUGUGCGUAUGUCGUCACGUUGGUUAUUUAUGCUUAACCUCAACUUUGCGGAAGAAAGUAUUACGCAAUAUUAACACUUCGAUAGUACACAGCAUACUUCCUGAAGCAUCCUACGGAUCAUUUGGCAAGAUACAUCUCUUGUACAAAGAUUAUCUAUAACGUUACUAACUGAAUACUUUAUCUUCCACAUCCUUGUACAUACAUAUAUCUACGAUGGAGAGAGUUAGGAAAGCAUCCACGGAAGAGAGCCUGAAUUUCAUCAGGCAGUCCUUGAAAUCGAACGAGAUGGAUCACCUCGAAGGGACUCACUUCGACGGAUUGUAUCCACACGUGUUUGUCACACUUGGAGCCUCCGGCGACUUGGCUAGGAAAAAGAUCUACCCGACGCUAUGGUGGCUGUUCAGGGACAACCUCUUACCAAAAACUACGAAAUUCGUUGGUUACGCGCGUACUAACAUGACCGUGGCGCAACUACGGGAAAAAUGUCAUUCGUACAUGAAGGUGAAGCCGGGCGAGGAGCGAAAGUACGAAGAAUUCUGGAAGCUGAAUCACUACAUCGCCGGAUCGUACGACUCGGAAUUAGCGUUCACGAUGCUGAACAACGAGCUAAAGAAAUAUGAGCAAGGCUACCCGAACGCUCACCGAUUGUUUUACUUGGCCUUGCCGCCGAGCGUGUUCGAAAAUGUCACUGUGCACAUUAGAAACGUUUGCAUGGGCGAGAAAGGUUGGUCCAGGGUGAUCAUAGAAAAACCUUUUGGCAGAGACGCCAUCACGUCGCAACGUCUGUCGGAUCAUCUGGCAUUGUUGUUCAAAGAGGAACAGAUUUACCGUAUCGAUCACUAUCUGGGGAAGGAAAUGGUACAGAAUCUAAUGACCCUUAGAUUCGGUAAUAGAAUAUUCAGCCCUACGUGGAACAGGGACAACGUGGCGUCUGUGCAGAUCACGUUCAAGGAACCGUUUGGUACCCAAGGUAGAGGCGGCUACUUCGAUGAGUUCGGUAUCAUAAGGGACGUGAUGCAAAAUCACUUGUUGCAAAUCUUGUCCCUGGUCGCGAUGGAGAAACCCGCGUCUUGCCAUCCGGACGAUAUCAGGAACGAGAAGGUGAAGGUUUUGAAGUGCAUGAAACCUCUGGAACUCGAGAAUGUCGUGUUGGGUCAGUACGUUGGAGAUCCAGACUCGAAGGAUCCUGACGCACGAUUGAGUUAUUUGGACGAUCCUACUGUACCCUCGGGCUCCAAUACCCCCACGUUUGCUCUUGCUGUUUUGACAAUUAAUAACGAACGUUGGGACGGUGUUCCAUUCAUCCUUAGGUGCGGAAAAGCUUUAAACGAACGGAAGGCGGAAGUACGAGUGCAGUAUCAGGAUGUGUCUGGUGAUAUAUUCGAUGGAAAGGUGAAGAGGAACGAAUUGGUGAUAAGAGUGCAACCUGGUGAAGCUUUGUAUAUUAAAAUGAUGACCAAGUCGCCUGGUAUUACCUUUGAUAUGGAGGAAACUGAGUUGGACCUCACGUAUGGUAGUAGAUACAAGGAUCUAAAACUUCCCGACGCGUACGAACGAUUAAUUUUGGAUGUAUUUUGCGGGUCGCAAAUGCACUUCGUGCGUAGCGAUGAAUUGUCGGAAGCAUGGAGAAUCUUCACGCCUUUGCUCCAUCAAAUAGAGAACGAACAAAUUCAACCGAUUUUGUACAAAUACGGAUCUCGUGGCCCUAAGGAAGCCGAUGAAAUGGCAAAGUUAAAUAAUUUCGUGUAUUACGGCUCCUACAAGUGGGUGAAGCCAUAGCUUCUGGAGUUCCUUUGAUAUACAUGUCGAAUGAUGUGCACAUGGUAUACAAGUCGCAAAAAUCUGUACUACGAUUCAUUAUCUGUGAUCAUAACAUUCCGUAUUUUUAUAUCAAUAUAUACACGGUACUUACUUGAAAUUUUAUAUACAUAUACUACAUGAUCCAAACAAAGUAUUACAAGCUGUUUUCAUAGAAGCCUAUGAAGAUGCCUCUUUGCUUGGAACACAUGGUAUAAAUAAUUUAUAUAUUUAUUGAGCUAAUACACCUUGUAAGUGUGAAGCACGUUUUGCUGGCAAAAGUAUACAGAUAAUGUAAUUACGUUCAAAUGACACAAACUAAGGACUGUAAGAUAUACAUAUACAUCUUAGAAAUAUCUAUAAAUAAAAUAUAAUCGUUCCAUUUUGUAAAUUUGUGUUGUAACGUCUUAGGAGACAUUGUUUUUAGGAUCUUGUUCGUCGACUGUGUUCUGGGGUCGGUUAGUGUCAAUUAUAUUGACCAUCAUUUUAUGCAAAGGUUCAUGGGGUACGACGUAUCUGGACUUAGGAUCAGUUCAGAUUUCAAUUUAUCAUUCAAGUUCAUGAUGAGACCUUGACUGAUGACUCCUUCGAAACGAAACGCACCUCUUUUUUUGCAGUUUCCGUUUUCUUUCCUUUUUCCUGACUCUUUCUACACAGUCCAUACGCCACGACCGGAACCCUAGGAUAGGGCUCAGGUAACAUCAUAACUUAUAGUAAUUGUUACAAAAUCUUUUAUACAUUUUUAUACGAGAAAUACAGUUUGAAAAUUUCGAGAACAAUUUAAAAAUUAGAACUUGCACGUAGACCAUAAUUUUAUUUAGUUCUGGAGAUUUAAACAUUACGCCAAUCACGUGGAAAAUUCUGUACAGUAGACGAAAUAUCAUAAAUUAUAGAGUACGUUGCGCUGAAAUUGUUUAAUCAUAUAAUUAUUACGCAAUAAAUAAAUGAGAGAAAGUUGAAUUAUUCAGUCUAUAAAUCGCAUAAUCUACACUUCACAUAUUCAACCAUCGAACGAAAUGAUGUCACUGAAGUAAAAUAUCGAUGUGUUUUCAUGUAACUGUUAUUCAGCUCUCUCAUACAAAGAAAUCAGCUAAACAUAAACACACGGGUCAGACAUACAUGAUUGCCACAUUUAAUGACCAACAGAGAAAAUGUUCAAUGUACAAAAUUACCAAAUUUA